AUGAGAAUCGCAAGCAAUUCUCCUUUGCUUGUAACACUCUCGCUUUUUGUUCUGAUCGGAAGCUUUAAUGUUGUGUUUUGUAAUGGAGAUCUUGGCCCGCUUGUCUCAUCAAAAAUUCAGCAUGGAGAUAGGGGAAAACUAAAGAUGGAUUUCUACAAGGAGGCUUGCACUGAUGUUGAAAACAUCGUAGAGACCGUCACUUGGAAGAAUACUGGAGCUGAUGCUAGCUUGGGAGCUAAACUACUAAGGUUGCAUUUCCAUGAUUGCUUUGUUAGGGGAUGUGAUGCAUCAAUAUUACUAGAUCCAUCAGAAAACGAUGCUAGUGCUCAAGUUGAGAAAGAAGCUCACCCUAAUCUAUCUCUAUCUGGAUACGAAGUUAUAGACGAAAUCAAAACACGGCUAGAAGAAGUAUGCCCUGAAACUGUUUCUUGCGCUGACAUCCUUGCGUUGGCUGCCCGUGAUGCCGUUUCAUACCAUGUAAGACAUUGA